AUGAGUAUCCGCUUUAUUUCUCCUGGUGUGAAGAAUGGCCUUUACGGUUCCUUCAGGUGUUAUUCGAAAACACCGGUUCGAAGGUUGGCCUCAGUGAGUACAGCCGCAGAGCCAACCACGAGGCCACUUUCGGCUGCUGGCAUAUAUGCCUCAGGAGGUCACAUUAGGAACGACUGGACGAAGCGAGAAAUACAGUCUAUCUAUGAUUCUCCUAUAAUGGAUCUUUUGUAUUUCGGAGCCACAGUUCAUCGUAGGCAUCAUGAUCCUCUCGCUGUACAACAAUGCACUCUCUUGAGCAUCAAAACCGGAGGAUGCUCGGAGGAUUGCGCGUAUUGCCCACAAUCGUCUAAAUAUAAGACAAUGGUUAAGGCGUCGAAGAUGUUAGACACCGACGAAAUACUCAAUGCCGCAAAAAAGGCCAAAGAAGCCGGCAGCACCAGGUCAUUACUCGAA